GUGUUAGUUGAAUAUGUAAAAUUAAAUAAUGAUUAUAAAUUCAUACAAAUUCGUGUAAUAUGAGUUACAUUUGGAAACCAAACAAUGUCGUCGACAAAAAAGAAAACCAAAAGCCACUUAACAUACACUAGAGAGCAGAAAAUUGUCGCCGCAGUUUGGUAUCAUGAGAAACAGUACACGGGUCUUACAGGCGAACAAAUACGUACAAAUUUUUUUAUAAGGUUUAAGACGAAACUUCCUCGUUGGGAAACAGUUAGAGAAUGGGAAAGAACCUUAUUUGAAAACAACCAGUUUAGUAAAAAGUCAAGAAUAUCCAAAAAGAAAGUAAUGUAUAGGUUAGCUUACAUUCCAUAUAUAAAAGAAUCUUUUCAAAAAUAUCCUAAUUUAUCACUCAAUAAUAGAGCACAUAUGGUUGGUAUCUCUACAGGGACUCUUAAUUGUAUAUUAAAACAUGAUUUUUUGCCUGAAGAUUUGGAGGAAAUCAAAAAGUAUUCUACAAAAGAUCAGAUAUCAAAUCAAAAUAUGGGAAACAGUGAAGAAUGUUCGAUAGAGAGCUCAAACGAAAAUAGUAACACAGAACCUAAUAAAGAAGAUUGAUUUAAUUGAAUGUGAUGAACAAUAAUAAAAAAAUAAAACUCAACUUUUAUAUUUA